AUGUUCUCCCGAACGGCCCAACCUGCUCGGACCCUGCUCCGCAGUGCUUCCGCAGCUUCUUCUCUCGGUCGCUCCGUUCCUGCGAGAUCUUUCGCCAGCCUCCAGUCCGACACCUUCAAGCCUACCAAGUAUGGUGGCAAGUACACCGUCACCCUGAUUCCCGGUGAUGGUAUCGGUGCCGAGGUCGCCGAGUCCGUGAAGACCAUCUUCAAGGCCGACAACGUUCCCAUUGAGUGGGAGCAGGUCGACGUGACCGGUGUUGUCACCGGUAACAAGCACUCCGAGGAGCUUUUCCGCGAGUCCCUCGCUUCUCUCAAGCGCAACAAGCUCGGUCUGAAGGGUAUCCUUCACACUCCCGUCGAGCGCUCCGGCCACCAGUCCUUCAACGUCGCCCUCCGUCAGGAGUUGGACAUCUACGCCUCCAUCUCCCUGAUCAAGAACAUCCCCGGUUACGACACCCGCCACAAGGAUGUCGACCUGUGCAUCAUCCGUGAGAACACCGAGGGUGAGUACUCCGGUCUCGAGCACCAGUCCGUCCCCGGUGUCGUCGAGUCCCUGAAGAUCAUCACCCGCGCCAAGUCCGAGCGCAUCGCCAAGUUCGCCUUCAGCUUCGCUCUGGCCAACAACCGCAAGAAGGUCACCUGUAUUCACAAGGCCAACAUCAUGAAGCUGGCCGAUGGUCUCUUCCGCAGCACAUUCCACAAGGUCGCGGAGAACUACCCCACCCUCGAGGUGAACGACAUGAUUGUCGACAACGCCUCCAUGCAGGCUGUCUCCCGCCCCCAGCAGUUCGACGUCAUGGUCAUGCCUAACCUUUACGGAGGUAUCCUGUCCAACGUCGGUGCUGCCCUCGUUGGUGGACCCGGUCUUGUCCCCGGUUGCAACAUGGGCCGUGACGUCGCCGUCUUCGAGCCCGGUUGCCGUCACGUCGGUCUCGACAUCAAGGGCAAGGACCAGGCCAACCCCAGUGCCAUGAUCCUGUCUGGCUCCAUGCUCCUGCGUCACCUUGGUCUUGACUCCCACGCCAACCGUAUCUCCAAGGCUGUCUACGAUGUCAUCGGCGAGGGUCAAACCCGCACUCGCGACAUGGGUGGUCAGGCUACUACCCACGAGUUCACCCGUGCCGUUCUGGACAAGAUGGAGGCAUCUCUGUAA